CACAAAUAAGACAUGUGGGACAUUUCGUUUAACUGUUUUUUGGAAAACUGCAGAGGACUCUCUUCAGAUGAGGAAGAUAUCGAUGAAAAAGCGUGUGCUUGCUUUGUUGCCGUUUGUUGUAGCCUUCAAGGGGUAACUUGCGAUCACUUUUCCGCGUUUCCUUUUGUUUCUUUUCUCAGGGACGGCCUUUCCGUCUCUCCGCUGUAUUGCAAAACAGUUAGUUCGUUUUUUUUGCUUCUGUGCUCCCAGCGCUUCCCGAUUCAAGUGCGCCUCCUUCGUGGUUUCACGGGGAUGUUCCUUUCGCCGCUCGUUUCCUAAGGCCAUUCAGUUGUCUCAGCACUGUCAUUGGCUCGCUUCCUGUCCUCUAUCGCGUGCCAACGGUUCUACAUUUCGGCAAUUUUUGUAUGAUUUUCGCUAUUUGCACUCGUUCGGUCGUCUUGCACCUUCCAAACAGGGGUCCUUAGCAAACAGGGUACGAAACAGUCACUACUUCGGCUGGCGGGCUGGACAUGAUGCCCUCCAGGAACUGCAAGGAGUAUAAUGUGAAGAUUCGACACUAACAGCCCCACGUUAUGGCGGCUGUUUUUCCUCAGGCUGCAACGCCGCGCGAGCACUCGUCAGAAGGAGUUUUUUUGGUGUCCAUACUCUUCGAUGGAACCAGCGUCGGCAUGGUCUGGAACUGUUUUUCGACAAGGAGAUGUGUGUCUUCAAACGAAUCUGUUUUGAGAUCAGGACACCACUGAACCUGGUGAGGGAUGAAGCCAUUCAGGGAUGAUGUCUACUCUUUGCGAGGACUAUCCUGGUGCAUGUAAUCCUCCUUGACCUGCGUCUGUCCGCUUUUCUUCCUCCUCUCGUCUCCUUACCUUUUCAAGUCCACCAUGGCACCGACCGUCCCCGCACGCCCAUCGUCCUCCUUGGAAUCUCAGGAGGUAAAUGGAGGGGACGAUCGAGGCCGUGGCCACCGUCAAGGAAGUUCGUUGUACUCCGGCUUUGUUCGCGAGCGCCAGAGCCACCAGCAGUCUUCUUCUGUCGCCACGAGUGAGGCCGUUUCUGGCCCAUCGUCGCAUGCGUAUGCCCCGUCAGCUCCACCUGCUUCUCUCAGCAAUGGAGCUGUCUCCCCUUCUUCGUCCUGUCCUGCUCCUUUGAUUUCGGACGAGCGUGCAGCCAGGUCUUCGGCCUUCCCUGAGAUUCCUAUGCUUAGCGCUGAAGACGCGGCACUGGCGCUUGCUUCGAUGCCUCCACCGUUACCGACUGUCCUAGGUCGAACCGGCGAAGAGGAAACCUUUCUGCUUGAAAACGAGGUGAUGAACGACUUUGAUACACGCGCCUUCUUCUCAGACCAUCUCGGGGAUGUGGCGUCGCACGCUUCGUCCCUUCGGCCUUCCGGAACGGGCGGAUUCUUCCGGCGGUGGUGGAAACCCGCGAGCGUUUUUGGCUCUGUGAGGAAUUCGGCUGCUGAGAUGACAGCGCAGUCGUCUUCCGAUCCUCUGGGAGAUCGAGGAAGUUCCGGGACAAGCGAGGAACACGCAGAAAUGCAGCGCCUGGACGCCCCCCAGUCUCAGCUGUCGACUCAACGCUCUGCUGGAAACCCUGCAAGUGGAGGUCCGCGCUUGGUCUCCGGUGGAACUGCAGCCGCCUCGUCUCCACCUCCUCAGACACGAGCAGCGAGAACAGACAGUGGAGGUGCUGCCGCCUUCUCGUCCAGUGCCCCGACGACAGGGGUGCCUGCCGGCUCUCCCGCGUCGUAUCUUCCUCCACCUCCUUCGGCGCCUAAGCCGGCGGAAGCGAGACCGACCCAGGAAGGUCACUCAGGUUCUUCACCGUCUCCAUUUUCGUCUGCGCCGCUCGCUGGAGCAUCUGAAAUUGUGGGCAGGCCUAGCAGUUCGGAGGACUCUUCCCAGGACCUGUCGGAAGAAGACGUACUCGAGGACGACCAGGAAGAGUACGCCGGCAGUCCAACAGACGCGCCGAUGUCCUCCGGUCCUACGUCUUGGCUUUGGAAGCGUCUAGGUCUCCAGCGUCUUUCUUCUUCCUCGACUCAGGGCCGGACGCCAGGUGCCUCGACGUUGGGGCGACGGGCCCUCGGAGUGCGCCCACGAAGAAGGCGACGGCGCUACGUGCCGAUGACAGGUGUGCCUUCCGGGGAGCGCGAAGAGGAGGAAAAUCCCGUCUCUUUCUCUGAGUCUUUCUCGCCUGCGCCAGCCAGAGAAGUGGCUGUGCUGGGGGCCCCGGCUUUGAUGCAGGCGACGGAGGACGGGGAGUUAGAAACUGGCGUCGAGGCGACAGCGAGAGAUCCAGGACAAGCGGCCAGCCCUCCCAGGUGGCGGUGGCGAUCCGGAUUUCUCCUCUCUUCCCAGUCCCCUUCUGCCACCCGUCCCCAGGGCCCUGCGGGGGACAUCGAGAUGGGGAGACUCCCAGCGACCGGCGAGGGGGACGGACCUGAGACGGACUUCCAGGCACCACGACCGGAGCGGGAGGGGGUCGCAGGGGCAGGUGAGGGGACCUGGCGAUCGACUGUUGGAGAGUUGGGUGAGAGGAUUCGUGUACAGUCCUCAGCAGUCCUUGCCUCACUUCGAGGUGCCGUGGGAAGACUUCGCCGCGAGCGAGAAGACCAGCAGGAAGCGACGGAAGGCCCAGCCCCAGCAACAACCGACCGGACAGCUACGACUCGUGCAGACGAGGAUGACGAAGACGACCCGUCCUGUCACCAGCUCCUCCUCGUCACUGGCUGUCUCUGCUGGUUCCCUCUGCUGUGGGUUGUCGGCGCUAUGCUGUGGUGUGUAACUCCGAAGGAACAUCGCCGCGCACGCGCCUGGGGAUCCAUCAACGUCUUUCUGGUCUUUUUCACGUUCCUGUACCUUUUUUCGCACGUGUGGAACGUCGUGAAGCCGGUGGGGCAACGAGCGGUGCUGUUCAACACGGAGGCUCAGUUAGGCUUGGAAGCUCCGUUCCCUCCGCGACAUCCGGGAAACCUUUGGAAGGUAGAGGACGAUGGCAGCGGUGUUGAGCACGCUAACCGCUUGGCGUGGACCUUCAGCGACCCUGUGGACGAAGCCUGGACCUUCUUCAGUCUGCCCAGAUCCUCGGUGACCCAGGAGGAUGCAAAGCCCAUUCUCUACGGCCGAGUCGUUAGGUCGUCCGCGGCGUCUCCCUUCGAUCUCAUAGAGACCCCUUCCGACAAACAGCGGCCAAGCCUCCUAGGGUCGGCUACUGGCACGUGGGUCUUAGGGCCUAAGGCUCUGCCUCUUCCAGCCGGCAACCAUCCCCCUACUGUGAUGCUAGGCCCGCCGGUGAUCGCGAGCGGGCGCGUGUUGUGCUCGAUCCGCUUUGGGGCGGGAGACGCGCCGGCGAGUUCAGCGCUUUCUUCUCUCCGCCACAUUUUCGCGAGAGAGAGAGAAGGGAAACGCCCACAAGACGCGGCCGCAGAGGGACAUUGGUUGUCGUCUCGGGGCAGACAGAAGUUACCUCUUUACGACGGAAGUGGAGGGGUGAUAGCAGGAAGAGGCGAUCGACAAGGAGAGGCCAGGUUAAGCUCCCGGAGAAAAGAGCACGAGCUGCACGCGGUUUUCCCCAGGGAAAUGACAGUUGAGGACCUGCUCCUUGGAGACAAAAACUUGCCUUCCUCCUUUUUCGGAGCGGGGCUUCGGUGCGUGUCUCUUCGUCGCUAUUUGAGCUCGUCGCACGCGUCCACGGGAGUUGGCGGCAUGUCGCGCCCAAUGCAGAAAAACGCGUUUUCACCAGAUACUCGCUCUUCCUCUUCCUCGACUCUUCUUCCCUUUCGCUGGCUGCUUCUUCACCGCGCUGAACGCGGCGGGGACGUCAGAGUGGCCUCUCAAGUUAUCGAUUUCGGCGAGUCGAAAUUCCUGUGCAACCCUGCAGUUGUGGCCAUGGGUGAAGAAGGCAACAGCCGAGACGCCGAAGGAAAGGAAGGAGAUGCGGAGGAAAGCCGCGCCUUCCGAGGGUUCAUCGACGUCCAGCAGGUCCUCCUUCGUGCUCUUCCGUAGUGCGAGGCCGACACAGAGGGAAGGAAAAACACGCGCCCAAGCACCGUGGGAAGGCAGACACGAAGCCGAGACAGCUGGCGAGGAAAAAGGACUGAAGGUGGAAGGGUAAGGGAAAAUGCGUUCGAGCCGGAGCAAGCGAGAAGGAGUGAAGAUUCUGUAGACACACGCAAAGCGCCGCUUUGGAGGCAGCUGUUCGAGGGCAAGACAACUUGCAAUGUGGUGUAGUGAUUUCCAAGCAGACACAAAUGCCAACGUGCGUGCCGAGACACUUUCGCAGCUGCGAAUUUGUGAUCCUGGGCGACUCUCUCACGACUGCUGGGCGCAAAUCGAGAUUUGGACCAGCUGUGCAAGCGGUGCUACUGUGAUACUUCCUGUAAAGGAAACAGGGAGGGAGCAGGCAAGAUUUCAAGCAUAGGAGAACAUUUGGCGGACGGAAGAGAAAAACGGUAGAGGAGCACGAAAAUGUCUGGUCCAGCGUGGAUUUGAUGCCUCGGUUGUAUGCCACCCUGAGAUAGCGUUCUGAGAAGGCCUUCACCGACGCGUCAGGUGGAGACACUGCGAAUGAUCCACUGUGAACGUAGUGAGGAAAGGGAACGAUAAUCUAUAUGACAUUUCAGGGGAGAGGACUUUGCUUUCGAUAAAUCACUUCCAGGCAAGUUAAGUCGCGUUCGUGUACAGACAAAGCGCGCGCUUCAGCUGCGGAGAGAGUCAAAGAGAUAUUCUGUGUGACAUAUGCUCAGACAUCGACAGGCUGAGCUUAGCUGGAUCGAUAUGAUGGAGGAAAAGGCGAAGUGCUGUCCACCUGUUCCAUUGAAACCAUCAAGUAAUCACUGUCUUCGGCUCGUUGUAGUUUCUAGUUUUUCGUGAAAUUCCGAACGCACCCGUCCAGGUGCUCAUGAUCGUUUGUCUUUUACGUGCAAGGUCUGCCUCCUUUCCCCGCACAUACCGCCUAAACGAGAAAAGGAACGAUGCGGUGGGGUGGAGCACCUAGGGAGACAAUGGGGCGCUCACGCGAAUCAAACCCGUUGCC